ACUUGGGUCGGAGCUAUGCCCUCACCCCGCCCCUGCUGCGUCUUAGCCCCGCCUCCCGCGGGACCCUCGGAGCGGAGCUUCGCCGCCGCCCCGCCCUUCCGCACGCUCAAGCCGCUGUGGGGGGCGUUUCCGGAACUCUUAGCCCGCGGAGCUGAUUGGCUGAUGGUGGCCGUACGGUGCCCGGGGUUUCCGGGAUCCGAGGAGACCCGCGAGGGGGCCGCCAUGGCUCUGGUGAGGCAGCCCUUGCGCGAGCUGCAGGGACCUCUGCUGCCACCCAAGAACCUGGAGGACGAGGACGAGGACUGUGUGAGGGAGGACGCGGAGGACGAUGAAGACCUGGAGUUCGUGGACGCGGAGGAGCUGUGCGGCGGGGGCGUCAAGGCCGGCACGCUCCCCGGGCGCGUCCGCGUCAUAAUUUCUGAUGAAAACACUCAAGAGCAAUGUAACGUGUUUGGACGUUUUCCGAUAAUGGGUCCUUGGUGGCGAGUGAAGGUGCAAGUGAGACCUAUGGGAUUGAGGAGCUAUCAAGUUCACGGAUUCCCAUCUUACUUUUUACAGUCUGAUAUGUCACCACCAAAUCAAAAAAGUAUCUGUUCCCUGUUUCUUAGAGACUGUAAUUUCUCCAGUGACAAGAUAGAUAAAUUUUUAGCUUGGGUAAAUGCUGUCUCAAGCUAUAAAAACCUCAACUUUGAAAAUCUUAGGGAAAUGCUGAGACUUUUCCAAAAGGAAACUGAAAGGAAAGGUCAAAAACAGUCUACGCAGGAUGGACGGGAAGAGUCUCUACCAGAAAACGAGAUGUGCCUUCCUCUGGAAAACAAAGUUCCAUUUAUAACUGUAAUGACAGCUUUGCAGUUUCCAAAAAUAAUGGAAUUCCUUCCAAUUCUUCUGCCUCGACACUUUAAAUGGCUCAUAAGCUCAGGUUCUAAGGAGCUUUUGGAAAAGAUAGAAGAGAUGUUAGGUACGCAUCCAUGGAAACUUGGGUUUAGUAAAAUAACCUACAUGGAGCUGAAGCUCUUGCAGUGCGAGGCCAGCUGGGCCUCAUUUUGCCAGUGCCAGUCCCUCCUCCAGUCGAUGGCUGAUUUGGAGAAGCAUGCGUUGAUAAUCUACUCCAAACUGAGACACGUAUGUAGGGAGCAAGGGCACACGUGUGUCGAGGAAGCCGACCUAACUUACAGCGUGUCAGACGACAUGUCUUUCCACGACGCUUGGCAGUCUCUGAAGUUUCUGAAGGACAUCGGCGUGGUGACAUACGAGAGGGGCUGUGUCUUUCUUGAUGACCUUUACCGGGCGGAGCAGGGCAUUGCCUCUUCCAUAUGUGACCUGAUGACGAGGCCCCCAUGGCAUUUGCAGGUCGAUGUCAAAAGGGUGCUGGCAGCCCUUCAGGCCACAGGCCCCGAGGGGUCGAGGAGUGGGGAGGCGUUGCAUGGAAGUAUGCCGGGCGCAGUGAGUGCAGAGCAUUCUGUGGCCGUCCCGGGGGGCCAGGACGGGCGCGCAGACACAGGCCCGGCUGGGCUGGAUCCGGCCCAGGUGGCCGCCCUGGAAAUGGUGUGCUCCAAUGCCGUGACUGUGGUGAGCGGCAAGGGGGGCAGUGGCAAGACCAGCAUCGUCAGCCACCUCUUUAAGCACCUGGAGCAGCUGGAGGAAAGUGAGGUAGAGCGGGCUUGCGAGGAUUUUGAACGCGACCAGGACGUGCCACCCGAGUGGGUCAGCUCUGCAGAGCAGGGGCUCCCAAGGCUGGAGCGGGCCGUGGAGGUGCUGCUCACCGCGCCCACCGGCAAGGCCGCUGGCCUGCUACGGCAGAGGACCGGCCUGAGCGCCUAUACGCUGUGUCAGGUCAAUUACAGCUUCUAUUUAUGGGAGAAAAAAAACUCGGCCAAGAACGGUCCAUGGAAGUUUUCUUCGGUGAGAGUUCUGGUUGUGGAUGAAGGGAGUUUGGUAUCUGUCAGAAUCUUCAAAUCAGUUUUAAAGUUAUUGUGUGAGCACUCCAAACUUUCGAAGCUCAUUAUCCUUGGUGAUAUUAGACAGUUACCCAGCAUCGAACCCGGUAACUUGCUGAUAGAUCUUUUUGAAACUCUUAAGUCAAGAAAUUGUGCUAUUGAACUGAAGACAAACCACAGAACAGAAUCUGAGCUAAUUGUGAACAAUGCCACAAGAAUCUCAAGACGCCAAUUUCCAGUAUUUGAUGCAGAACUGAAUAUCUCUGAUAAUCCAACAUUGCCUGUCUCAAUACAAGAUAAAACAUUUAUUUUUAUCAGACUCCCAGAAGAGGAUGUCAACUCUCAGUUAUCAAAAAAUGAUCCUCACUCUCAUUUAUAUUCUGCAGUGAGAACCUUACUCAAAGAAAAUGACCUGCAAGAUGCACAAACAUCACAGUUUAUUGCAUUUAGAAGGCAAGACUGUGAUGUCAUCAACGCCUGCUGUUGCAAGCACUACACGGGCCACCUGUUCAAAGACCAUCGGAAUAGACUUCAGUUUGGAGUUGGCGAUAAGAUUUGUUGUACCAGGAAUGCAUAUCUCUCAGAGUUACUCCCCCAAAAUACCUCUCACAGUCAGGAAGGUAAUGACCGAGAGGCCAGUGGUGAAGACUUUAAUGCCACUCCUCAUGGUUUUGCUAAAAAUAAGCAUGACUUUGAAAGUGAUAUUCGACUCUGCAAUGGAGAAAUAUUUUUUAUAACACAGGAUGUCACCGAUGUAACUUUUGGAAAGAGAAGAUUUUUGACCAUUAAUAAUGCGGCUGGCUUGGAAAUAACUGUGGACUUUGAAAAACUGAUGAAAUAUUGUCACAUAAAACAUGCAUGGGCAAGAACUAUUCAUACUUUUCAGGGGUCUGAGGAGAAGACAGUCGUGUACGUGGUCGGGAAGGCGGGCCGCCAGCACUGGCAGCACGUUUAUACCGCCGUGACCAGGGGCCGUUGCAGAGUGUACAUCAUCGCCGAAGAGUGUCACCUCCGGAGUGCAAUUCUGAAAAACAGUGUUCCCAGGAAAACUCGUUUAAAACAUUUUUUGCAAAACAAGCUCUCCAUGAGCUGUGCGUCUCCAGCAGAGUUUGCACCCCUGUCAAAGGGCUCUGGAGAGAACCAAGGACCGAGCCUGCAGCUAUCGGCCAAGCCACUGCCUCCUGUCCCCACCAACAGCGUGGCACACGGUGUCCCUGAAAGCCAGGCCUCUGUGGCGGAAGACAGGACGUUGGCCUUUCCAGGAGAAUGGAAGUCGUCGGCAUUUGAUGAAGUGGAUACAGAGGAAGACCCAUCAAUACUUCGUGUGUCCAAGAGAGGCUGCGGCCUGAGUGAUGCCGAAAGUCCCAGCAAGAUCCGGAUGGUAGGAGCCACGUUCUUGCCUGCCCCGGGUUUGAGUAUCGUGAACUCCAGCGCACCUAGAACGGGCUGUGUACUUUCCAUCAGUGCUACAGUGUGCCGUGGCACUUCCAGACAUGUCUUCUCUCACCUCUAUCACUGUCCUUUCUCCUGGGCCCUGUCGAGCCUAGCACUGUGCGUCACUGGGCUUGAGGCCAGCCCUCUAGGCGAACUCAGUCUCUGGAUUGUGGGGUGUCGUGUGGGGUGGAACUUGUCAUCUGCACCUCCUUUCUGCUUAUCUUCCUUAUCACCCACCCACCACCCCUUUUUUGGGCCACAGCCUCACUUUAAUAUCCGCUCUCCACCCAAGCAGCUGGUGAAUUUAUUAUCAAUGAUCUCCAAAUGAAGUUCCAAAAGAAGCUUAAGAAUUGCUGUGGGUGUUGUGGGUGCCAGCAGGUAGACUUGUUAUACCGCGUCCUUAGGCUUUCAAGGCUGUGACAAAGAGAAGGGGCCAGGGAGGGAGCCCAGAGGAGAAAGUGCUCCUGUAACCUGCCAAGACCAAGUGCAGUUCUAAAGGGAGAAUUAUAGUAAGCCUCCCACCCCACGUGGAAUGGAGACAGUGCAACAGGUCUCUAAGCGUGCCUGGCAGGCGCAGCGUGUGACAUCUUGGUGUGUUAGGCAGUCACAAGUAUGGAGUAGUGUGGCUGGAGCACAGCGUGCACAUGGAGGUUGAGCUGAGGAUCCUGGAAGGGUUGGGAGGACACAGAGGGGGUUCAAUGUUCUCCUGAAUGUGAUGGAGAACACUAGAUGCAUUUUAAGAGUUCUGUGAAUUGAAACUUGUGAAGGUCACUUUGGAGUUUAGUAGAUUAUGUUUGGGAGGCUGUAGGGGACGAGUUCCUUGCAAGAAGAUUAUUUCGGUAGCUUGAACAGAAUCAUUAGGCUCUGAAGUCAGGUAAUAGUGAUGGGGUUGGAGAAGAGAUGCUUAGGGACUUAGUGGUCAGUUAUAUAUAGGGACGCAGGGCAGGCUGGAGCAUGGGUCUUAGGCUUCCGGCCUUGGCCUCCAGGGAGGAUCCAGGUACCAUUUUUUUUUUUUUUAAGAUUUUAUUUAUUUAUUUAUGAGAGACACAGAGAGAGGCAGAGACACAGGCAGAGGGAGAAGCAGGCUCCAUGCAGGGAGCCUGAUGUGGGACUCGAUCCUGGACCUCGGGGUCACGACCUGAGCCAAAGGCAGAUGUGCAACCACUGAGCCACCCAGGUGCCCCGGAUCCAGUUACCAUUAAUCAGGAUUGGAGAAAGAGGCUGAUGGACAGGUUUUGUAAGGAAAGUGAUAAAAGUUGGCAUAAUGAAAAGAGGAAGUUUCUUUUUUUUCCUUCUUGGAAGUAGUAGGAUCCCUGCCAAUUCUAAGCUUCAUUCUGUGCUCCAGAUAGACUCAUUGAUGUGGAAUUUCCAUCUCAGCAAAACAUCUCAUUCUGAAAUUGAAUGUGUUACCUCUUACAAAGACCCUGGGAUAUAAUAAGGCUUUUGGCCUGGAGCAGAAAAUUCCAGAGUCUUUUUCUAAAAGUUUCUUCCUUUUUAUUUCUUCGCACCAGCAUGGGAUGGGUGGGUUGUGGUUUCUGUGAUGGCACAAAGAGACAGUGACAGCAUUACCCAUCUUCACUGCUGAGCUUGCCAAAGCUUUGAAGCUCUGGCCAAUUCCAACACUACAGAAGGUCUGUGAACCCCAGAUGGCCAGCGCUGGCUGACGUCACUGCACCGUGGCUUCAGCGCAAGCAAAGCUCUCUAACUGGAGAGGAUAAGGGCUCUCACAAGGCUUGCCAAAAGUGCGUGACACCUCCAGAACUCCCUAGAAAUGAGGAAACUAAGAAUUCAAAGCCUCAGGACUGAUGAAUUAGGAAUAAAUUCUGUAUUUCCAUAAUUCUAGA